UAAAAUUGAUGAUGAUGAUGAUGAUGAUGAUAUCAGUUCACAUGCAUUCAGUGGUAUUCGUGGUUUACCGGGUUUAGAAUUCCGGAUUAAUUCAAAAGGUUUCUUGUAUGCUAGUCUUUUAGCCGGUCCAAUUAUUGACGAUGAAAUUAGACGAAUCAAAUUAAUGCCAUCAAAGCAAUGCUUUCAACAAUUCAAUGGUUGUAUUGAAAUUUCAAAUUUAAUCAUUUCAAGAUAUCAAUGUCCACAAUUAGUAUCGUUAUAUCCAGCACCACCUAAUCGUCUCAUUUUCACCAUUCAAAAUCUCGAUCUUGAGAUACGAGGUAAUAUUAAUGGUGAAAUUGGUGUAAUAUUACCUAUUAAUCUCAAUAAUACUGUAUAUACACGUUUUCAUCAGGUUUCGGCAACGGUUCAAUUAACUGUUCAUCGUAAAUUAAAUGGAUCUCCAUAUGUUCGUGUUAUUGGAUGCUAUGUAUCUGUUGGUUUUAGUGAUGUCUUUUUACAUGAUGGUGAUCUUUUGGGGGAUAUUUUCAAUUUUCAUUUUCGAGGUAAAGCAGCAGAUCAAAUUCGAAAACAAUUACCAAUUAGAGUUUGUAAAAUGAUCCGAAAUAUGAUUGAAAAAAGGAUAAAUGUACCACUUUAUACCAUAUCAAAAGCAAUCCCACUUCAAAAGCUAUCAAAUAUUGCAAAAAAAUUAUUGAUAGCAUCAGGAUGGCUAAUUUAUCAAGACAUGUAA